CGGUUGUUUGUGCGCCGUGGUGACGUCAUCAACGUGAAACAGCUACUCCACGUGAAUUCCACCAACGUACUUCAUUCUCAAAUAUUAUUGCGUUUUGUUUUCAAAAAUACAGUCGGGUUUAUAAUAAAUAAUCUACCAUGUCGUUGGUGACAUGUUGUCGUUUGUGUUCGCCUUUGUUCCGGUGGAAUCCCCGUGUGUUUGGAUGUUUGGGGAGAUUCACACACACAGGACGCGGAACAUGGACGCGUUCACACACACCGCGGGUUCUACACUUUAGCUCUUACUCAGAUAAGUUGGACUUUCGGCGGACGUUUAAAAGUGCUGUAGCGUCAUGGAGCGAAGAACUGGGAACAAUUCAGUCAACACAUUAUCAUCUGGUGUAUACAUGCAAGGUUUGUUCAACACGUUCAAUGAAGAAGAUCUCCAAGACGGCGUAUCACAAUGGCGUUGUUGUAGUAAAAUGUCCCGGCUGCCAGAACCACCACAUCAUCGCCGAUAACCUGGGAUGGUUUUCUGAUCUGGAAGGAAAGAGAAAUAUCGAGGAGAUUCUCGCAGCCAAAGGGGAGACGGUGAGGCGUCUUGCAGACGACGCUGCCCUAGAGAUUGUUGCCGAGGAAACGAUUAAAGAAGCGAUGCAGAGGAGUGAAGACGAACAGAAAGCUCCCGCAGACAACUCUGACAAAUCGUGACUCUUCUCAUAAAGUCUCUGUUUCAGAAUUGGACAUGUUGAAAUUGACACUGUGUAGAAAUGUACGGUUAAAGGUGAAUGAUGAACAUGCUGUCGUAAGUGAAAAGUAUUCAUAAUGGAGAGA